GCUGCGCGCGCGCACCACUUCGUGCGCAUGUCGAUCAGUCAGUGCGCGAAUGUGCGUUGAAUCGGUCGUGUUUCGCGCUGCAAUCAUAACUCCUUUGUGACGUUGGGGCAUGCUCGUUUAGUUUGUCGCCCAUUGUGUAAAUCCAAUCAUGAAAGUGGACAAAGAUAGCAGCCUUGCGGGGCCAGUGGAUACUAAACCCAUUCUCUCCAACAGGAAGGGGAGCCUCAAGGUGACCAUUACACCAGCGCAACACAAGACCUUAACGCACUUGCCGAAACGACCACCAGUGGACUUGGCUUUCACAGACCUUAUGUACAGGGUGCAUGAAGGAAGAAAAAGCAAUGAGAAAAUAAUUCUGAAGUCCGUGUCGGGUCGGCUGCGGUCCGGCGAGCUGACGGCCAUCAUGGGUCCGUCCGGCGCCGGCAAGUCCACGCUACUCAACAUUCUCACUGGAUACAAGACAUCAGGAAUGGAGGGCAGUAUCACGGUGAACGGCAUGGAGCGCAAUCUGUCCAGCUUCCGUAAGCUUUCUUGCUACAUUAUGCAGGACAACCAGCUACACGGCAACCUGACUGUGGAGGAGGCAAUGUCGGUGGCAACAGCGCUCAAGUUGCCUAGUGCCACCACCAGGACUGAUAAAGAUGAAGUGAUCCGAGAAAUCCUGGAGACACUCGGUCUUUCCGAGCACCACAAAACGAUGACGUCAAAUCUUUCCGGAGGUCAGAAGAAGCGUCUAUCCAUAGCUUUGGAGUUAGUCAACAAUCCUCCUAUCAUGUUCUUCGACGAACCCACUUCAGGGUUGGAUAGUUCUUCUUGUUUCCAGUGUAUCUCGUUACUGAAGACAUUAGCGAGAGGGGGGCGGACUAUUAUUUGCACUAUUCACCAGCCCUCGGCUCGUCUGUUUGAGAUGUUUGAUCAUCUUUACACGCUAGCUGAUGGACAAUGCGUCUAUCAGGGCAGCACUGGGAGACUGGUGGAAUGGCUGGGCAGCCUGGGGCUACAGUGUCCAUCGUACCACAACCCGGCGUCGUUCAUCAUCGAGGUGUCAUGUGGAGAGUACGGAGACAACACUGGAAAGUUGGUGCGCGCUAUUGACAAUGGAAAACAUGACAUCAGAAACGGCAUGCCCUUCCCUGAUGCCAAGUUACCCGACUUCAAUAACAAGAAAGACAUGGAGUCGUCACUCAAGUCAGCCGGACAGUGGAAUAAGAACGACCUCUCCCAAGUCCAGGAGAAGUUCAGUGAUGACCACAAGGAGGUGAACGGCACCAACAACCUACAGAAUGGAUUACUACAAUACGCUGCUAACGAGAUCGCUAAGGGGAAAGCUGGUGAACCAAUCGUAGUUCAAAUGGAUGCUGAGAAACCAGAUAAUGUUGAGGAAGCUUUGCUAGGUGAUGUGGCUUCUCCUCGUCGGUACGCCACCUCAGAAUGGACACAGUUCUGGGUCGUGUUGAAGAGGACUUUAUUAUUCAGCAGGAGGGAUUGGACGCUGAUGUAUCUGCGUUUAUUUGCGCACAUUCUUGUGGGAUUUCUGAUCGGCGCUUUGUACUACGACAUCGGUGAUGACGGCUCCAAAGUGCUCUCCAACCUCGGCUUCCUCUUCUUCAAUAUGCUCUUCCUCAUGUACACUUCUAUGACCAUCACCAUUCUCAGUUUUCCAUUAGAAAUGCCAGUACUCGUGAAGGAACAUUUCAAUCGCUGGUAUUCACUUCGCUCCUACUAUCUCGCUAUCACCGUCUCAGAUAUACCAUUCCAGGCAAUAUUCUGCGUGAUCUACGUAGUGAUAGUGUACCUGCUGACGUCACAGCCGCUGGAGUGGUCGCGCUUCGCUCUCUUCCUCGGCUCCUGUCUCCUCAUCUCCUUUGUAGCGCAGAGUGUCGGCCUCGUUGUUGGUGCUGCCAUGAACGUUCAGAAUGGUGUAUUCCUCGCGCCAGUGAUGUCAGUCCCAUUCCUGUUGUUCAGUGGAUUUUUCGUAUCAUUCAACGCCAUUCCAGUGUACUUGCGCUGGAUCACAUAUCUCUCUUACAUAAGAUACGGCUUCGAGGGAACCGCACUCGCUACAUACUCCUUCAAUCGUACCAAGCUGCAGUGUCACCAGACGUACUGUCAUUUCAAAGAUCCAAACACAACUCUGGAAGAACUGGACAUGCUGGAUGCGGACAUUACCCUGGAUAUUGCAGCAUUGUGUCUCAUCUUUGUCAUCCUUCGUGUCUCCGCCUUCUUAUUCCUGCGUUGGAAACUCAGAUCCACGAGAUAAGUCAUUUUAAACCUUAUCUCAUUGUAUUUAGAGUAUAAAUUAUUAUAAACUUAAAUUCCUUUGAAAUGUAAGCAUUAAUUUGAAGGUUAGAAUAGCGAUAUAGUUAUAGGACAGGCUAUAAGAUGUGGUAUUUUGUGCCUAUUUGAUUUCCGCCAUGGUAACUUCAAUUAGCAAUUUAAUUUUGGAACUAAGUUAAAACCUGUCCAGAUUUAUAGAGAUCAGUGGAGUGUUUCAAUUUAUAUAUUUAGUUGUAUGUUAUAACCGCAGUUAUUGUGAUAGUGGUAUAAAAUCGAAUAUAAGACAUAUUUAAGAUUAAAAAUGUUAUAUAAUUUUUUUAUCAACCAAAUAAAAGAAUCAAAUACGUCACAGAUUGACAAGCAACUGUGAAAAUUUCAUCCGCCAUUUUUUGUAUAAGAGAAAUAAUAUAAAAUGAGUGUUAUACAGUAAAAACCGUAUACAACAUCCGUUAAUACAUCGGUUAAUACGACUGAAUGUUGGUCAUGUUGUUAAGGUCGGUUUUCACUGUAACAUAUUUUUCGGUAGUACUUCAUCCUUAUGAGGUAAAUUGGACAAAUUGUAUUUUAAUUAAUUUAGUGUAAAUCAUAUACGUAUGUUGUUUUUUAGGUGAUUGGUAACAUAAAUAUAUAAUAUAUCUAUAUUUGAGAGACUGCUCUGUGAUAUAUGUC